CUGGUGGAUUUAGGUUCUUCUUCAGCUAUUAUUCCCAAAGUGACUGCUGGGGUGAUCACAGGAGACAAGACCAUCUCCCACAAUGGUUGUGCUACACAAAUGUUCUUCUUCGUAAUCUUUGUCACUACUGAAAAUUAUCUGUUGGCCUCCAUGGCCUAUGAUCGCCAUGUGGCUGUGUGUAAGCCCCUACACUAUUCUACUAUCAUGUCAUCAAGGAUGUGUGUUGGUCUAACCAUUAGUUCUUAUGUAUGUGGCUCAUUGAACUCUUCCAUUCACAUUGGUUGCACAUUCAGCCUCUCUUUCUGUAGUUCUAAUAUUGUGAAUCACUUUUUUUGUGACAUUCCUCCAAUCUUGACUCUCUCCUGCUCAGAUAUACACUUUACUGAAUUUUUGGUUUGUAUUGUAGGGGCAUUUAAUAUAGCUUUUGCUCUUCUGGUCAUCGUGACCUCCUAUCUCUCGAUUUUCAUUGCCAUCCUGAGGAUCCGUUCUAAUGAGGGCCGCCAGAAAGCCUUCUUCACCUGUGCUUGUGGGGAGAGGAGCACAGUCCAGCAUGAGGGCACAGGUGACAAGGAACCUGGAACAGGACUCAGAGGGAUGAAUCGUGGCCGGCUGUGGCAGUUUCCAGACCUCUCAACCAAGGAACGGCAAAGAAAACUUAGAAGGUCAGUGGGAAAAGUCGGUUUCUGUGGUGCUGAGAGAGAACGACUGUGGGGUUCCAGCCCCCUUUCCCGAAUGAGGCCCAGGGGCGGCGGCUGCCUCUUGAACUUCUGGCCCACAGACUGA